UCAGCAGUUCGCUCCCUCUCAGAGGUUUCAGGGUUUUAAUGCACAGUGGGUACAUUUAAACAGUUGUCAUUCCAGGAGCAAACAUCGGGUUGAGAGACUACCUAAGACAAGAGAGAAACUCAAUGCCCGAGAGGGGCGCAAGAAGCGUGCGCGUCCCCGCGUGCAGGUGUGCGAAUGGCGCGGAUCCAGGAGCGCGUCCUCGAGGCAGCGUCUACCCCUGUGGCCUGAGGUGCGAGUCCGAGUCCGUGGAGCUCAUCGGUCCGUGGAGACCUCACUCCUGCUCUUCCUCCGCUGCUCUACACUGCAGUGCAAUGAAGCACACACACAGGUGUUGCCAGACCCCUCCCUCAGUAACCGUCCGGGUCAAACCCAACAGCGCUCACACUCUCCAAAUCAGGAGAGGUCUUCGGUUGAAAAGAGCCAACGGCCAAGACGCCCAGGGCCCCUCCGGGAAGAGCACGCCGAGCCGGCUGCAGGAUGGGACGCGUAAGGCCAGAAUCAACUUGGCUCCAGCUAUUGUCGUCCAGCGUCAGGAAAUGGCGUCAUACUUCAGACUUUUUGACGAUGACCUCAUUCAAGACUUCCUGUGGACGGACUGCUGCCGCAAACUGACAGACAAGUACCUUCUAGCCAUGACCUUUGUGUACUUCAAAAGGGCCCGCUUCACUAUUGCCGAGUACACCAGGAAGAACUUUUUCAUCGCACUGUAUCUUGCCAACACCAUGGAGGAGGACGAGGAAGAGGGCAAGUACGAGAUUUUUCCAUGGGCGCUGGGCAAGAGCUGGAGGAUGCAGUUUCCCCGCUUCCUCAAGCAGCGAGACAAGCUGUGGGUUCGCAUCGAGUACAGAGCGGCUGUCAGCAGGCGCUGCUGCGAAGAGGUGAUGGCCAUUGUGCCCGCUCACUUUGUGUGGCAGCGGGAGCGAUCAGAGCACCACAGCGGAGCCCAGCGACAGUACAGUGACAGAGUCAACAUCAGUAUCCCCCGUGGACCCUUCGCCUCCCCAGUCACCUGCGUCCUCUGUCACCACAGCACCAGGUUAGACCCAGACCUGGGCUCCUCCCAUCCCAACAGAGGAUCUCCUGCACAGAGCCCCAACGCCACCUAUCCAGACCCGUUCACGGCCUUGCUGACUUUGGAGACCACCCCGCUCAGGGCUGCAGCCUCUGGCAGGAAGGCGGCAGAGACUAAAAGCCACGUCCAGCCUUCCUCCUGCUGCUGUGCUGAGGGGGUUCCUAGUAGGGGAUGAGUCUUCCUGUGGAUCUACUCUCGACACCUCUAUGAACUGGAUCAGUGAGGAGUAGAGCGUCGCCCCCGCCGCAGUUUUACUACGUCCCUCUUUAUACCAACGAAGAAGUUGGGUGAAUUAUCUUCACUCCUCUUUAAGACUUAAGUAAAGGCCUGAAUCACAAGUGUAACUUACCAGUUUGUGCUGAGUUCAUCACAACUGCUCAGUACAAAGUUGACAGUUCAAGUAAUAAUAAGAGCCAGUGUAAUUCCAGUCGUCAUAUUCUGCAUUACUUGCAGUCAGAUUAAUGUAAUACGCCAAAGAGUAUUAUUGUAAAGGUUUGUUCAACCUGCACUGAGUUUCUGCUAUUUAUUUAUAUUUAUAUACAUAUAUAUUUAUUUGUUAUUUAUUUACCAAAGCACUUUUUUGGACAACCAGAUUGGGGGGCUUUUGAAUGAAUUGAAGUUUCGCCACACAAUGUCGCUCACUGUACUGGAAUUCUGUUGGGUGUGUGUUUUGUGAUGUUUGUGUUUCGCUUAAAUGAUACAACACUGUCUGUUGAGUUUUCAAUAAAAGGUUGAACUGGAA